AUGACAGCAGUUAUUCGGCCUAGCGGGCAGACCGAGCUGAGCAACGAAGGGCGGGCCCGAGCAGCGACCAUCGCUGAGCUCCAGCUACGAUACGAGCCCAAGAUUCAAAAAGACGCGCAGCUCACAAGAAGCUUCACGAGGUGCGUGCAGUCUUCCGUGUCCUCGUCAAAGAUCCCCACACGGCUGCGGCGCAAGCUGAACGACAUCGGCGAGCAGCGAGUCUUGAAGGCCGGAUUGACUCGGCUCUGCACGCUGCUCACACAAGGUUUGAGCAGCCAGGUGCUUUCCGAACUUCCCCAGCGGUCGGGAGGAGGUCAGCUAUUUAUGACGCCAUCCUUCUACCAACGCCUGCUACGUGGUCAGACAGAGCUCAAAGUCUUGCUCGAAGGUGAUGUGGCUGCGGCUCAAUCGGACCUGCGCCAUCUCCGACUUGUCCAGCUCCUCAGCAUCCGAGUUUCCACGCUUGACUGGGCCACAGAGUCGCAUUCACACAGUGCUCAUACGAAUUUCCUGAUGUCUCUGGACAUGCAUCUCUUUGAGCGGUUGGCUCGCGAGUUCCUGCGUACAAUACCAGAUGUGAAGCCAGCGACUCUGCAUGCACUAGGCCUUCGGAUUGCCUUAGUCGCCGGCGCCGAGGAGGUGAUUGCGCAGGGCUGGGGCCAGCGAUCUGUCCACGGUGCCGGGGAUGCCCUGCCGGCAUUGCCCGAGGUCUGGGCAUUGGCCCUUGGUCCAGAGUGGGCUCCGGCGCGGGUGGCUUUCUUCCAUUCCAGGGAGUUGUGGCUUCAACUUUGCGACGGCGAGCUGCGCAAUGUGCAGGAUGUCGUGGCCGGCCACAAAGUCGCCGUCACCACAGACCGCUCCACUGGUGUGGGCAAGGAUCGUUUCCUCCAUUGGGAAAUCGCCGUGCUGGAUCCUUCGUUUGAGGAUAUCCUGGACGAGAUGAAACAACAAGAUCAGGCAUUUGCUGAGCAGAAAAAGAUCUGCUCCGAGCUGACAGCAGUGCUCAAGAAGCGGAUGUCUGGCCGGGCGAAGGAAUUGGGCCUGGUCGUCGAGCCGGAGGAGGCUCCGCAGCACAAGGAGUUGCAGCAAAGCGGAGCUCCGGAACAGCCCGAACUUUCUGCAGUGCUGCCCGAGGAGACCGCAGCUCCGGAGCCGCCAGAAAGACUGGCGGAGGCUGAGCCUCCUGAGGAGUUCAGCACACCGGAGCGGGCCGACCGAAGCGCAGCUCACGAGGCAGGGUCGCUUGACGUCUACACCCCCGAGCCCGUCACAAAGGCAGCAGUGUCAGAGAUCUCCAGCCGGGGUUCCUCGCCGCCAAGACCCCGCAGGAUCUCUAUGUCCAAGGAGUCAACGGAGUCGAACGGCAAGCAAGGAAGCAUCCUCCCGUCCGCCAUGGCUCGUCGGCGAUUGGACGGAAGAAGCUGGAUUCCCCGAUGUGGAGGCUUUGUGGUACUCUUCCUGCUUGCAGCCCUUUCAAGCGGCUACCCCCCCAGUGUCUUUAUCCGGUCUGCCGAAUGGUCCGACCUUGCAUCGUUGAAGGGCGCUGAUGUUCUGCCGCUUAUCACCGACAUUGGCUUGGACCUGGGCCUCGACGGCAGCAACUCAGGCUUGGAGAUCUCCGGAGCUUCUGGCUCCUGCAGUUUCAUUGCGGAUUUCGGUAUCCUGGACAUCCCCUUGGUGGGGCACAUUCGCAGCCGUGCGGGGCUCCGGUACAGCCCGCUGUAUCCAAGCGGGGCGCUGGAGCUUGGCUUCCGGAAGGAACUGCGCACGGACACCGCACAAGGCUACCAGCUUUUUAUGGGCCUUCAGUCUACAGGUGAUGACCGCCGGCUGGACAUGCUGGCAGACAUUGGGGCGUUGAAGCUGUUCCGGAAGGCGCGAGCCAAAGAGUCCAAAGAGGAAGAGGCGGCAAGAGGGCCCAAGUGGAAUCAGAUGGGCUCGUCCCUGGGAGUCACCCAGACAGAGAUGCCUCCCCACAAGCGAGGACAGCUGACAAUUGGCUGGCGCACUGGGCUCUUGGACGUAGGGCUUGAAGGUGGAAAGGUCCAACCGGCCGCCGCGGCCCGCGCCCACAGAACCACAAAAUCUCGAGGGCUGCGCGACAACCUCUUGGACUCGUCGCCCUGUGCCUCGUACUCCAUCGAUCUGGUGACAGUGGCCCCAGCACCAUUACAAGUCACGUUGCCUGCAGAGGUGUCCUGGACAGUUCUACCGGAACAUCGCGUUCUCGAGCAUGCUUUGCACAUUCGAAGCAAAGCAGAUGAUUCUGGGGGCAAGGCGACGCUGACGGCCCUCCUGGAGCAAUCGCUCUGUGCUCAUCGAGCACGACUCCGACUCGGCCCCUUAUGGGAGACGGGAUGUAGAUGCGAGUAG